GAGUGGGUGAAUGAAUGAGUGGGUGAGUGGGUGAAUGAGUGGGUGAGUGGGUGGGUGAGUGUUCCCCGUGGGAGGUGAAGAGAUGAAGAGGUGAGACGCAGUGGGCGUUCGGAGAAGAGGGGGGGGGGGAGAGACACGUUGAGACGUGGCGGCCUAGGGGAUCGAAUUCGAACUUAGCUGGACAGAGGAGGGAGUGCGAGCGAGAGAGAGAGAGAAGAGAGGGGGUGGAAGUUAAAGGAGUUGGAGCUGAAGAAGAGAGUUGGUGGGGAGCGCGAAAGGAGCUGGGGAGGGAGAGGCAGGGUGGGAGAUGCUGCCCGGAGUUCAGCGCUGAAGCAGGAGCGAGGAUGUGGAGCUCCAAACAACAACAACAGCCCGGAGUGGACGGCUUCUUAGCCGGGGGCAGACGAGGGGUGGACAAUCCCCCACCAGCGGGCACCGACAUGGAGUGGCAGGACCUGGAGAGAAUCGGGGUCUCAACGGGGACCCCCAGGGCGGCCGGAGUCUCGUUUGGGGGCCCUUCGGCGGCUGGGGGGGCUCGCGACGGAGACAUGGAGUGGCAAGACCCGGAGGGUUCGGGGGUCAGCGCUCACCGCGCCAACGCGACCGUUGGGAGCCCGGACUCCGGCUGGAGUGUGGACGCGGUGGGGGGCCCCGGCUGGGGGCCGUGCGUGGGGGGCGGCAGCGGCGGCGUGGGGGGCGGCAGCGGCGGUGUCGUGGGAACCCCCUCGGCGUGGACGGGGGGCCCCACGAGCCGGCAAGCGAGCGUCACGUCGGAGAGCGGCGACACCGGGGUCUGCUUCUCGGACGGCACGGAGGACCGGUGCAGCGUGUCGAGCGGCAGCAGCGGUUUCUCCUUCAAGCCGAUCCGCUCGCUGGCACCGAUCCCCACGGCACACGUCAUGCCAAGCGCCACUCUCGCCGGCACGCCGCCCUCGCCGCCCUCGCCGGUCUCCCCCGGCCACUUGCCGUGCGGCCGCCGGCGUUCACGCACGGGCGCCCCGGGCCCCGCGGGCCGCCCGCUCCGCGCCGCCUGGGACCCCGAGGCCUCGCCGGCCGCCCCCUCGUCGCGCGCCGAGCGGGAGGGCCGGCCCGGCAAGGAGCGUGCCUCCCGCUCGUCCCUCGGGGCCCGGGGUGUCCAGGGGCCCGGGGGAGAGACGGCGUCGCAGGCGGGGGCCGGCCUCCACCGGUGGUCGUCGCUGACGCGGCUGCACGGCGCCGCCGGUGGCGCCGGUGGCGGUGGCGGCGGCGGCGGCGGCAGCGGCGGCGAAGCGUCGGACUCGACGCUGGGCGGCCGGGGCGGCGGGGACGAGUCCUCGGAAACGGAAUUGGCGGCGCCGGCGUCAAGGAGCGCCGGCGGCGUCUGCUCGCCGGCCGAACGAGACGCAGGCGGCACGGACAGCGGCGCCUGGCCGCCCGGGGCCACCGUGGACGAGGCCGGGGUGGCCGUGUGGCAGCAGCAGCAGCUGGAGGAGUUGCGCCGCCACGUUUCGGAUCUGCAGCUGAUGAAUGGUUCGGCCCGGCAGCAGGACGCGUACCCGGGUCUCCCCCUGUCGGCGCUGGCCAAGUGGGACGCUCUGCUCAAGAUGAAGGAGACCCUCCUGCAGGAGAAGGACCUGGCCAUCGAGAAGCAGAAGCAGCAGCUGCUGCUGCUGCAGCGGCGAGUGCAGGAGACGGAGGCGCGACUCCAGGCGCUGGUGCUACCCCCGCCGUCCGCACGGCCCGGCUGGCUGGACCAAGCAGCUCUCUCGCUGCACCUUCAGGAGUCCCAGCUGGAGAGCGCUUCCCUGCGGGCGCAGCUGUCGGAGCGAGCCGGGGCGCUGGUGGCGGCGGAGCGCGGGGAGCUGGAGCGCCGGCUCGCGGACGCCGAGGCGCGGGCGCGCGCGGCGGGCGAGGCGGCGAGCCGGGGGGCGCGCCAGCACGCCGAGAGCCUCGCCAGGGUGGAGGAGAAGCUGAGACACCGGGACAAGCAGCUGAGCUCCAUGCGCAAGCGCGUGGAGCGCGAGGCGGAGGCGAGGGCGGAGCGCGCACGGCGCGUCGAGAGCCUGGAGACCUACUUGGCCGACCUGCCCACCCUGGAGCACCACCAGGCGCUCCGCCUCAAGCUGGAGCAAGCGGAGGCGCGAGCCGCCCAGCUGGAGGGCUCCACGGCGGAGCUCCAGGCCCAGCUCCGCGAGAGAGACAGCCGCCUCCGCGAGAGGGACUCCCUGCUGGACAGGGAGGUGCAGACGGCGGUGGCGCAGAAGCAGGCGGAGCUGGAGGGACGCGCCGCGGAGAUGGAGCGCGCGCUGCGGGAGCGGGAGACGGAGGGCGAGCGACGGUUGGCGGAGAGCUUGGGGGAGCUGCGCUCGCUCCGACAGCGGGAGCAGGAGCUCGUGGCCACCGUGCAGACGCUGCAGCAGAAGGUGGAGCGCUGUCUGUCGGACGGCGCCCGGCUGCCGGUGCUGGGCCUCGAGUCCCUGCAGCGCGACAACCAGCGGCUCCGCGACGACUGUGAACGUGCGCGCAAGAUAAUGGAGAACCAGCAGAGGCGCCUGGAUGCGCUGGCGCAGCAGCGCUCCGAGCAGGAGGCGGCGGAGCGUGAGCGUGCGGGCGGCGCCGAGCGCCAGCACCACGCCCUGCGCCUGCUGGCGGCCGAGCACGACGCCCGAGCCCACGAGCUGCUCGUGGCCGUCAAGGCGCUGACGGCCGAGAAGGAAGGGCUGUUCUCCCGCUGCCUCGAGCUGCAGGAGCGCCUGGAGGGGGCCGCGGGCCCGGGGGACGAGGGCCCGGGGGAGGUUGUGGCCGAGGUGGUGGCGGAGCUGUGCGCUGCGCAGCGGGAGAUGCGCGUGCUGUGCGACGUGAUGACCGCUCGCGCGCAGGGGCGCCAGCCCGACCUGUCCCAGCUGCUGGGCCUGCACUCGGGGCCGGCGGUGACGGCCGCGGAGGAGGCCUCGUCGACCGGUGCGGGCGCGUGGGCCGCGACGAGGAGCCGGGCGUGCCGGCUGCGUGCCGACGUGGAGGCGCUGAGGGCGGUGGUCGCCGACCGCUGCGCCCAGGACGUGGGGGACAACUGCAUCACCCAGUAGCGCCGCCGGCACCACCGUCGUCACCACGUCCCUGCCGCCGGUGCCGACGACGCCGGCGCUCGGCGUCCGUCGAAGAGGCCGCGGCGUCUCGGCGGGGCGGGGGCAGCAGCGGCGAAACUCUGGGCAGGGGGGCAUAUCGAGAAGAGAGCGUGCGUGUGUGCGCGUGCGUGCGCGCGUGCGUUCGAAAACCAAUAUGUGCCAUCCUCUGGCACAGUGAGUGCGUGUGCUGGUGGAGCGGUCUCCGCCGUCGAGUCAACCCACACACACGCCCGGCGCGCUUUCCCGUCACGGCCCGCCAACGGAAGCCGCCGGCGUCUUUUUUUUUUUACGUGGCGCUCAACAGUGCACCUAGCCUGGCACAAGCGCUGCUGCGGUGACCGUCACUUGGAGGGGGACGGUUGGAAAAGCUGCCAUCGACUCGUGCGGUUGGUAGAACCGCGGCUGCUGCUGGAGAGACAGCCCCGCCCACUCCCCCCACCACUCUCCCCCCACCACUCUCUCCCCACUCU